CACAGAGAGAAAACCAAACCACAACCGACCAAGAUGGCGUCUUCUUCUUCCUCGACGCUGCUCCUGGCAGCAUCGAUCCUGGCGACACUAGCAAGCUCCGCCCACGGCAUCCCCAAGGUACCUCCAGGCCCCAACAUCACGGCCACCUACGGCGACAAAUGGCUGGACGCCAAGAGCACCUGGUACGGCAAGCCCACCGGCGCCGGCCCCAAGGAUAACGGCGGCGCCUGCGGCUACAAGGACGUGGACAAGGAGCCCUUCAGCGGCAUGACAUCCUGCGGCAACACGCCCAUCUUCCGCGACGGGCGCGGCUGCGGCUCCUGCUUCGAGAUCAAGUGCACCAAGCCCGACGCCUGCUCCGGCGACCCCGUCCUCGUCCACAUCACCGACGACAACGAGGAGCCCAUCGCCGCCUACCACUUCGACCUUUCGGGCCACGCCUUCGGCUCCAUGGCCAAGAAGGGGAAAGAGCAGGACCUGCGUAGCGCCGGAGAAGUGGAGAUCCAGUUCCGGAGGGUGAAGUGCAAGUACCCUGAGGGCACCAAGGUGACGUUCCAUGUGGAGAAGGGGUCGAGUCCGAAUUACUUGGCGAUUCUCGUCAAGUAUGUGGGUGGCGAUGGGGACGUGGUGGCCGUUGAUGUGAAGGAGAAGGGCAAGGAUGAGUGGGUCGCGCUCAAGGAGUCGUGGGGCGCCGUGUGGAGGCUUGAUACUGCCAAGCCGCUCAAGGGCCCGCUUACUGUCAGGUAUACUACUGAUGGUGGCACCAAGGGCGAGUCUGAAGAUGUCAUCCCUGAAGACUGGAAACCUGACACCAUGUAUGAGUCCAAGUGAUUCAUUCUUCAUCGAUCCAUCGUCGGCCAUGCCUGCAGGUUACUACCAUAUACUCCUGGCGUGGCCUGCAACUUAACAGAGAAUAAUCGUCGAGAUCGAUCUGCAGUGAGGCGAAUAUUGCGUACAAAAGUUUAUAGUAUGCCGGAGGAAGGCAGGCAACCAAGGAUUUGUUUCUGCUUGGUUUGCAAUCGAUCCGGCCAGCCCAUUCUCGGUCUCGACCGCCUUGUUUUUUUUUUUUGUUACUCAAGCUUGUUCAUGAGAUCAUUAUCAAGCAAUAAAAUGACUCUUUUUUUUGUAUAUGUUUUGGACUGUGCAAUUUGAUGAGUAUGUUAUUUCUUUGUA